GAACGGUUUUGCCAACUUCGGGUGUAUUAUUACAGCAUUUCGUAAGGCCUGUUAUGAUAAUUUUUAGCUUUCACUUAACCGGAAGCAUUUGACAGGUGAAAGAACGAGAACCCCUCCUUUUCUUUCAAGUCCUGAUUUGUUGCUAUGGAAAUCAUGACGAAAGAGCGCUACUCUCAGCAAGGAAGAUUUUGAUUGGACAGUUACGACAUACCAACACAUACGUCGAUAAUGACUGUCAAUCAUCUUAACGCUAAUAACAAUGUGUUCACUUCGCCGAAUCAAAUGGUUAUGUUGGUGUGCGAGAGGAAAACAUAAAAUCAAUUUCUCAGAGAAAUUAGCUUUAUCAAACCGCAAACCUUGAACCGUGUUUGAAAUGCCUUCACUACUUUACGUAGAAAGCCCAAGGAGUUAUCAAAGAAUUCAAGGCGAGAGGAAAAAGUUCAUGGCGAAAGGCGCCACAACUUCAUGGUUGUCAGACCAACUGAGUAAUGGGGCAAUUUUGUUACUACUCGACUGCCGACCGUAUGCCGAAUACGCUCAUUCCCACGUACAGGGCGCGAUUAAUUUGACUAUUCCUUCCCUCAUGCUACGAAGACUAAAGAAAGGCACAAACUUCGCCAUAAGUUCACUGAUCACUUCGGAAGACGGCAAGGCACAUUUUAACAGGAAUCUUCGCCUGGCGUCGGGAAUAGUUUUGUACGAUUCGGAAACAAACGAUGUGUCGAGCGUAUGUUCGAACAGUGCCUUAGGAGUCUUGCUGAAGAAGUUUUCCGAAGAUGUCAAUACGCCAGUUUGGCUACUCGAAGGAGGCUUUACGAAGUUCGAGAAGAAGUAUCCCAGUUCUUGCGUCGCCGGAGAACUCGUCGAUCGACCAUUGCUGUCUCUGUCAGGUUUAACGAUACAAGACACCGACAUCACAGACCGCGCGUUGGAACUCGAGCCAAGGACACCUCAAAUCACCGAUCACCAAGAGUGCAAGACAAAAGUUCCCGUUCAGAUCCUACCUCGUUUAUACCUUGGCAGUGAAAAGGAUUCUUCAGACUUAGAACUCUUGAAGAAAUACGAAAUUUCGUAUAUGUUGAACGUUACACACGACAAACCAAACUCUUUCGAACAUUUGCCUGAUUUUAAAUACAAGAAACUCCCUGUAGAAGACAACUGGAGGGCUAACCUAUCCGACAUGUUUCCUGAGGCGUUUCAAUUUAUAGAUGAGGGAAUUACACAGAACCGUGGAGUUUUGAUUCAUUGCCUGGCUGGCGUCUCCCGUUCGGUAACAGUAACUAUCGCUUACCUUAUAUCUGCCCUUAACAUGACUUUAAACGAAGCUUACGACUUCGUGAAACAAAGAAAGCCUAGCGUCAAUCCAAAUUUGAACUUCAUGGGACAACUUCUGGAGUUUGAAAGGCAGCUCAGAACACCGCAAACUCCAAGUUCCACAACGAGUACGCUUUCAAGCGAUUGUAGUUUAGACGGCGAAGUCGAAGACUUGAGUUGAACGUUGUUCUUUGAAGCUGUCAAAAAGUUAAGUCAAGUAUAAUUAGAGAACCUAGAAUUAUUCUUCUGGAAACAAAGGACAGCAAGCAAUGAUCUUAAAUAAAAUACUUACAAUGAAUAGAGACUAAGUCGAGAAAUUGAAAAUUAGUAUUGGAGAGAUAUACAGUUACUUUAAGGAUAGAGCGAAUUAAAUAGUUUUAAAAGUUAUUUAGAAAUUGACGGUUUGUAUAGCACAUUGAAACCAUUUUGUUGUAGUUUGAAUAUUCUUGAGAGAGGUUUGCAUCGUAUGCAAUUAAACUGCUCUUUUAGUCUAGCUUCUACGUAUACGUACUUAAACUUCUUUAAACUUUACCAAACACGAACUCUACCUAACACUUUUACAAUCGAUACUUUCAUUUAUUUUCCCUCGCAGCCAUUCAGCACUGACGUUAAUUGUAUCGACAAAGGAAUUUACCUUAAUGAAAAUUCAUUGUGUUCUGUUCCUAUUGAUCACACAGCAUCAGUUUUGAUUGAGAAACCCUUCCCAAUUUCAGAUUUAUAAUUUAUGCUUAGGACGAUUUGUACAUAGUUAAAAUAUUGAAUGAAACUUGCGGCAAAUUCCUUGAAUCCAUAGAGUCCGAAGAAGUUGUAUAUAUAUAUAUUAGUUCGUUGGUUUUUGUUAGUUAUACAGAUUGUAAAUAUAAUUAUUAAAUAUCUACUUUAAUAAAUUUAGAAAGUUCUCAAACUUGAAA